CGGAAAUUGGAGACGUCAGGCUGCAGUUUGUUGCACGCUGUCAGAAAAGGUGUUAUGCGGUGUAAUGUAAUACGAUAAACCCUCAUCCUAUCGUGGAUUAGUUGUUGAAACUCAGAUAAAAAAAAAAAACCGAAAACUUCUUCAUUUGCGGUAUUUCUGGAGAAAGGUUAGAGCACCACAAAAGGCAAAGUUCAGGCAUGUCGUUACUUUCCACUGUUGAGCAAGCUAUUAAAUCGUACAAAACUGAACAAGCCCAGCUCGAUGUCAGUAUUCAGCUCUACAAAGAAAUCCUGCACCACUUAACACUGCAGCCUUUGGAGCAGUCGGAAUCAGGAGAUGUUGCUGCAGCAGAUACAGAUGCCUCACCAACGGAGAAUGAAGAUAUGGAACUGCUUGAGCAAGCACUGCAAAAAGCCCUUAUGGUUCGGACCGGCACGGAGCUUUCUGCAAGAGACGCUCAGAGAAACAAUCUAUCUGGAGCUCAUAAAGAAAAAGACGAAAACAUGGAUGGUCUGAAUUCCUCUACAGCACCGAAAGGAAGCAAAAAAACACUCAAACCAAUCUCUAAAUCUACCGGCCUCGGUAGAAAAGGGUUCAAACCAUCUGGGUUGUCAGCUUGCUCUACCCUGAGUUCAACACAUUCAACGAGUCACAAACCAAUAGAAUCCAAAGGAAGAUAUAAUAAAAAUGGAAUCCGAAACCAUUCCUCAUCAUCGAUUCAGGCUGUGCAUCACCAGGCCUCCAAGAAACGGCAACAGGUUGUCUCGGCAUCUGCUUCACCAGAACAAAUCACAAGCUCACUCUCCAAAAACAAGACAGUCAGCAGCAACAUGGGGAGAGACAAUGACCCAACCAAGGCUGCAUCAGUGUCUUGUUCGCACACAGAUGGGCCUGUAGCGAGUAAUUUACUUCUACAGAGUGGGCUGCAGUCUGACCAAGCAACAAAAUGGAAAUCUUUAAGGAGGAAACAAAACAGGUUGUGGGAAAAAGUGAGUGCACUACAAAGGAAACCGGUGCCCGGGAGGAGUCACUUCAUGGAGAGAAUGAGAGCUAUGUUUCCCAAGGAUUGGCCAUGUGGUAGUCCAGAUCAGACCAGGGCCCUGAUGGACAGACUGACUCACAAAGGGCUCAAGCUCGCACAGCACUACCGAGCAGAGGCGUUUCUUGCCAAGCAGGCACCAGAAAUGAACACAGCCCCGGCUGGAAGGCAGAAAAACAAAGACUCUUGUCUGCUUAUUGAAAAGUUGCAGUUGGAGUCAUCAGAGCUCCGGUUCUUUGCAGAUCAUGUGAAACAAGAGUGGAAAGCAUGGGAUCGAUGGAGGCCGGAAGGAGGCCGUCUUUGCCCCGCUGGGACAAACGAUGUGUCUGGAGAUGAGGUAACUUCACCUUUGCCCCUGACCGUAACCUAUACAACAGAAGCAGAGCUCAAAGAGUUGGAGAGGCUGCGGAUGAGUGUGGCUCUACUGCAGCAGGAGAUUUACCUCGAACAGGUUCUAUUGGAGAGUCUGUCCCCUCAGUUUUCAUCCAUGCUACCUGGACCUGGACGUUUCAGUCCCAGUGUGCUGAGAGAUGUGUAUUCCCUGCUGGGGGAAGGAGGGGAGCGCUUCCCGGCCAUUGUUCUGGACUCGGAACCAGAAUGACCACUGAGCAGGUUACACUGAGAUCUACUAGUCUAUAAGCUUAGCAACAGGUAGGAAUACAUGAGACACGUAACUUAAAUAAGAACACUAUGAAAGAAAAACAAUUCCCUGGUGUUGUAGUAUCCCUGAUUAUUAGCUGCAACAUUCUUUAUCAAUUCUGCUGUUGUAAAUGCUGAGCAUGUGUAAUUACUAAUUGAUUAAUUGAUAGUCAUCAGCCAAGCUGUGUAUGACCCGCAGUUACAUUUAGAAUGUUGCUUCUUUUUUUUUAAAUUGGGCUGUCAUUGUAUAUUUUAAUCCUUUGCUUUUGAUAUUGUUUCUGUUUGUGUAAUGACUCGAAUACAGUUUAUAAAAGGAAAAAGUCUCAGACUACCCCGAGUUGUUAUUUUAUAAACAAUAUUUAUU